UUUUCUGCACAAAGCCAAGCCCCGUUUGGGGGAGAGGUUUUGCGAGUGCAAUCUGGCAGCAAUGCAUGUCUCCUCUUCUACUCUUCUGUGAAAUCGUUUUCGCUUUCAUAAUCUCACCUCAAUUCGUUCAUAUCUGCGUUUUUUUCCUAAUUCGUUUGUUUAAUUUAAUCCACAUUUAUUCCUUGUUGCUGCUUCCUUCUCCUUCUUCCUCUACAGGUUUUGUUCAUUGAUUUCGUCCUCCUAUCACAGGGGCGGAGCGACUGUGAAGAUAGGAAACAACAGAAACCCUAGAGGGAGUCCAAGACCAUGAAGGGAAACGGGAAGGAUUCAGAGAAGUUGCUUUGGGAUCAGAUGAGGAGCUCCUCCGGUAACCCCAUUGCUGUCUCCGCCGCUCCAGCUCGAGCUCUCCCGAAGCUCAUGGUCUGGCUCAUCCUUUUCAUCUCUCUUACCUACAUCGUCUAUACAUUAAAGCUUCUCUCCACUUCCCGCGCCUGUCACCAAGAUGAUUCCUUCGACCAUCCCUACCGUCGUCUUUCCUCAUCAUCUUCUCUAAUCUCCAACAUUACACUCGCGGCUGCGGAGGUAAAUCUGAAUCACACGGUUGGAGUUAUUCAGCAAGAAGAGAAUCGGAGAACCCCUCAACACCAACGAACAGGGCUCCAACACAUUGUGUUCGGAAUCGCAGCUUCGGCGAGAUUAUGGGAACAGAGGAAAAAUUACAUCAAGAUAUGGUGGAGGCCCAAGGAGAUGAGGGGAAUCGUAUGGCUGGAUAAUCCGGUCAAGAGUCAUAAGGACGAAGGGCUACCGCCAUUGAAGAUCUCAGGCGAUACGUCUCGGUUUUCUUAUAAGAACCGGCAGGGUCACCGUUCAGCCAUUCGGAUCUCAAGGAUCGUAUCCGAGACGUUGAGGCUGGGAAUGAAGGAUGUGAGGUGGUUCGUGAUGGGGGAUGACGAUACGGUGUUCAUUCCAGAGAAUCUGGUUAGGGUUUUGUCGAAAUACGACCACAAUCAGUUCUAUUACAUAGGGAGCUUAUCGGAAAGCCAUUUACAGAAUAUAUACUUCUCGUACGGGAUGGCCUACGGUGGGGGAGGAUUCGCCAUUAGUUACCCAUUGGCGAAAGAGCUCGAAAAAAUGCAAGACAGGUGCAUACAGAGAUACCCGGGCUUGUACGGCUCCGACGAUCGGAUGCAAGCUUGCAUGGCUGAGCUUGGUGUACCCCUCACCAAGGAUCUUGGGUUCCACCAGUACGAUGUGUACGGGAACUUAUUUGGGCUUCUUGCUGCGCAUCCUGUGACGCCGUUGGUGUCGCUGCACCACCUCGAUGUGGUGGAGCCGAUAUUCCCCAAUGUAACCCGGGUUAAGGCUCUUCAACGGCUGAUGGUGCCGAUGAAGCUCGACUCGGCUGGCCUCAUGCAGCAGUCCAUAUGCUAUGACAAAGAAAAGAGUUGGACGCUCUCCGUUUCUUGGGGGUUCGCCGUUCAGAUAUUCCGGGGUGUAUUCUCGCCCCGGGAGAUGGAGAUGCCUUCAAGAACUUUCCUCAAUUGGUACAGGAAGGCUGACUACACUGCAUACGCCUUCAACACUCGCCCCGUCACCCGGAAUCCAUGCCAAAAGCCCUUCGUGUUUUAUUUGUCUAUGGCAAAAUACGAUUCCACCACAAAGCAGACGGUGAGCGAGUACCAUCGCCACCGAGUUCCACAUCCGGUGUGCAGGUGGAAGAUGGCAGAUCCUGAAGAUAUUGAAAGAGUGGUGGUUUACAAGAGACCUGACCCACAUCUAUGGGACAAGUCUCCGAGGAGAAAUUGUUGCAGGGUCAUGCCUUCAGGAAAGAGAGGGAAUGUAGUGAUUGACGUGGGUGUAUGUAGGGAAGGUGAAAAUCAGUGACAGUGAAUUAUAGAAAGGUCAGAGAGGGAGAGAGACCCUUUGGGACCUUUCACCUUCCUCUCUCCUUUCCAUUCUUAAAUGGCUUCUUUUCCACUUCUUUUGUAAUUUCUGUUCAAUAGCGAAGAAGCAUCAUUAGAAAAUGAAAUUAUACGAGGAAUUAGGUGUUCUUUGCAUUUAUCAACGAGUCAUGGGUUAUUUGAAAGCAGUUCCAGUUCCACACAGACUCAAGUGAUGACAAAAGCUUGUAUUGGGAGUUGGGACUACGGCGGUCCAUUUAGGAGUUUAGAGUGAUAUGGGUCCCACCAAUUUGCCACGUGUUGCACGAUAAGAGGUUCAAGAAAUAGAGGUGGUUUUUGUAUGGUUAAUUUCUUGAGUAGAACCAGUAGUUCCUUUAUUUUUUAGAAGUAGAACCAGUAGUUUGAAAUAGCAAUAUAUGAACGUGCAAGUCAUCGUGGGGAGAGGAAAUUAAAUGGGCUAAAAUUCUAUGAUGGUAGUCGUAUCGGUGUACUUCGAAUCGAUUUUGAAGGAUCUAAAUCAAAUCAACUCUAAUCUAUUUGAAUUCUUAA